AAAAAGGCUAAAUAAAGCAAAGCGUUUGUAUAGCGAUUAGCGAGUUGACUAGUAAGGUGUGACUUUUUCGUCAUUUCUCUUCUGAGAUCUAACUUCUCUCAUCAAAAACGAAGACUUUCGUAUAAGCACUGUUCGGUGGCCGGUAGCUCACGCCGCCGGUUACCAUCUUUAGCUUUUGUCUUUUUUUGUUGUAAAUAUUUUCUUCCGGUUAGCGGAUCUUAUUUUUUAAAGUUUUUGCUAUGACGAUUUUUUGUGUUUUCAAUCUCUAUCGAAGCAAAUCUUCAUGGUUUUACGUUUGUUUCUUCGAUGGAUUUUGAUGUUUUAUAUAAUCCUCCUCUUUUGCAGUCCAUAAAUCAAAUACCGUUUUUUUAAGUUGAGUUUCUUCUGUUAUAUCAGAUUUGCACGUACUCCUUUUUUAGAGGAAUCAAUCUUCACUCACCCAUGAAGUGGUACCGUAGAAUCGGUUUAGAGGUGAAGUUUCCUUGAUAGAAGUAGGAGGUGGUGAUGGAUUGAUAAUAGCUGAUACUAAUGGCGAUUUAGAAGAAUUGGCAUCUUUCUAUAUGAAGAUGGUCCGAUAAGUGUCUUUUGGAACGAUUGUGUAAUCCCAGAAAUUUAUUAUCCGGUGUAGUGAUGGAGACUCCUCCAAAGACAAUGGCUUGAGCGAAAGAUAGGAGUUAAGGGGAGUUCAUAAAUGUGUCCACAAAGAAGAUGAUACAGAUCGCCGUUUUGUGACGGAGCUGCGUCUCAAACUUUCCAUUCUCCGCGGUGGCGCGUAUAGGCGCGUGUCUUUGGUGAUUAUACAACAACACGUGAAGACACGCGGCAGGGAUAAUUUCUUUAAGAGACGCGUGGAAUGUCUAGUACAUAUCCGAAGAAUCUCGAAGUAAAAAUAAGUAAACUGGGCUUCAUAUAAACGAGUUUCUUUAUUUAAUUGGGCCUUACGUAACUUUUCUCUGUAAUGCCCAUUUGGACUCUCUUAUAAAAAGAGAAUGUUGACAAAAAAAAAAAAGCGUAUUGAACUCCAAAUGGGAAGACUAACCAUUGGAAAUUUAAUUAUUGAACAAUUAGGCCUAAUAACCAAAACUCAGACCAAGAUCCGUACAUUUGUACCCAUGUCCAAAGAGAUAUAUCCAAAUGCCCAACUCUAUCAGAUACUAGUGUAGAAACAAAAGACAAAAACAAAAAAAAUCCUUGAUUAGACUCCAAAAUUGAAAAUUGCUUCAAUUCGAGCCGAGCGAAAGGGUAUAAGGGAGAUGCAGAGAAUCUCCAUUUCCAUCUCCGGAAUCAGAAGAUUCUCCGUCACCUCCCCCUCGCCAUCUUGCGCUUCAAACCACGUUACACUCGCCGGUAAGAAAGCCUUCUCCUUUCUAGAUUCGGACCAGACAUUUCCGAGGAACUAUCACCACCAAUCUCCGCUUUAUAAAGUUUCAUCCUUUCUUGGAUCAUGCAAAUCUCAAUCAAACUCCAAAAGUGUUCUUCUUCAAGCACAUGCUCACAUCCUUAAACUCGGUUACGGAACACACCCAACUCUCGUUGCCUCCAUCGUCGCAGCUUACAGACGCUGCAACCUCCCACACAUCGCUCGCCGCCUCCUCACUCGGUUCCUCUCACUCUCUCCUGGCGUCUCCAACACAAACCUAGUCAUCGAGAGUCUUAUGAUAAACGGCGAGUGCGGUUUGGCUAAGAAGGUUCUUCGUAAAGCGAGCGAUCGUAACGUCAUCACUUGGAACUUGAUGAUUGGCGGUUAUGUCAGGAACGUGCAAUACGAAGAAGCGUUGAAAACUCUUAAGGAUAUGAUUAGCUUUUCGGAUAUUAAACCGAAUAAGUUCAGUUUCGCUUCGGCUUUAGCGGCUUGUGCUCGUCUUGGAGACUUGAAUCGCGCGAAGUGGGUGCAUUCGUUGAUGAUGACGGAUGGUGGUGUUGAGCUUAAUCCGAUACUGUGUACCGCACUUGUCGACGUGUACGCAAAGUGCGGACAUAUUAAAACUUCGAGAGAGGUUUUCUAUGGAGUUGAAAGGGACGAUGUGUCUGUUUGGAACGCGAUGAUCACAGGUUUUGCGACGCAUGGACUAGCCGAAGAAGCGAUCAGAGUGUUCUCAGAGAUGGAAGGACAACAUGUUUCCCCGGAUUCGAUAACGUUUCUUGGGAUGUUAACAGCGUGUAGCCAUUGCGGUUUGCUCGAAGAAGGGAAAGGUUACUUUGAUCUAAUGAGUCAGAGGUAUUCCAUACAGCCGAAGUUGGAGCACUACGGAGCCAUGGUUGAUCUGUUAGGACGAGGAGGGAAGGUUAAAGAGGCUUAUGAGUUGAUAGAAUCAAUGCCUGUAGAGCCAGAUUUGGUGAUAUGGAGGUCUCUUCUUAGCUCCUCUAGAACUUACAAGAACCCAAAGCUAGCUGAAACCGCCAUACAGAAUCUUUCAAAAGCAAGGAGUGGAGACUAUGUGCUGCUCUCGAACAUAUACAGCUCCACGAAGAAGUGGGAGAGCGCGCAAAAGGUGAGAGAGCUGAUGAAGAGAGAAGGAAUCCGCAAAGCGAAAGGGAAGAGUUGGGUGGAGUUCGGGGGAGUGAUACAUCGGUUUAAGGCGGGAGAUGCAUCUCAUGUAGAGACAAAGGGUAUAUACAAACUGUUGGAGGAGCUGAUACAGAGAACAAAGUCUCAAGGCUUUGUGCCCGACACUGAUUUGGUGUUGAUGGAUGUCUCUGAAGAGGAGAAAGAGGAGAACUUGAACUACCAUAGCGAAAAGCUCGCGCUGGCGUUUGGGAUCUUGAAGAGUAGUCCAGGAUCAGAAGUUAGGAUUCAGAAGAAUAUAAGGAUGUGUAGUGAUUGCCACAACUGGAUCAAAUCAGUGUCCAGGUUGUUGAAUAGAGUGAUUAUAAUAAGGGAUCGGAUACGGUUUCAUAGGUUUGAAGAUGGGUUGUGUUCUUGCAAAGAUUAUUGGUAAGCGAGAAACCAUAGUUUGAGUGUUCGAAGAGUGAAGUUGAGCUUCCAUAGAUUCUUGUCUGUUUCUACAAUCUGAAACAUUACUGUUAUUGAAAGUUUAGGAGGUUCUGGUUUUGUGGGGUUUAUACGGAAAAUCUAAAAGUUUCAGAGACUA